AAAGUCCUCUUGUGUGAAUGAAAUGUAUCAGAUCUGAUCAUCGUAAUCGAUAACAUGAACACAGAAGAGUAUGUAGGGGAAAAUAGCUACUGACAAAUCGUCAUUUUAACCUGAACAACGUUGUCAUCCGAGUCCGAAAGAAAGCACUUCCUGUCAGGGUAUCAGAAUGAAGUCCUGGAUGUUUCAGGUGACUGUGAUGAUGCUGUCAGUUUUCAGCAGCCAGGCGAAGAGAGACAAAGUGCUCUACUGUUCUGCAUGCAAAGCGAUAGUGGAUGAACUGAACUACUCGAUCAGUCAGGUGGACCCAAAGAAGACUAUCAAUGUUGGCAGUUUUAGACUCAACCCUGAUGGAACCAUGAAGGACAAAAAGGUCCCGUUUGCUCGCUCAGAGACCCACCUCAGUGAGCUCCUGGAUGGGGUGUGCAACAGCAUGAGUGACUACGCCCUCCAUGUGGACCCAGACACCCAGCAGAAGCAGUACAUGAGGUUUGCUCCCAGAAGCAGCGCAUCCACAGAGAACUUUCCAGACUUCAAAAACUUCCAGUUUGACGGACCCGAGGCAUCCAACGAGCUGAAAUUUGCAUGUGAGACGGUGGUGGAGGAGCUGGAGGACGCCUUCAUCUCUGCAUUCAGCCAGGACAGAGAGGACAUGCAGGAAGAGUUAUGCAGCAGAGUCUCAGAUUUCUGUUCAGGCAACAGCCACACAAACGAGGAGUUAUAGAUCUUCCUGUGAUCAUAACAGAUUCAUCGCAGACUUUGAUAAAGAUCAGUUUUUCUAAACUUAACUGAAAAUCUUUGUAAAGAAAUAAAAAGAUGUGUGGAUCAGUGUCCAACAGGUCA